UUGAUCAAAAUGUGCUGGAAUAGUUCAUAUAAAAAAUAAACUAAUUCAGGAGAACAAAAUGCACUUUCAAACAUACUGUGAAACUUGUAACCCACUGUCCUUAUCCACUAUUCCACUUUGAAACUGUUCCAGCAAUUUGGAAUAAAGGUUCAAACAUUAGCAUCCUGAAUAUAAUUGUUUCCUUGAACUUGAAUAAUACUGUAUUACACAACUGAAUUGGCACAGACUUUGGCUGUUUUGCUGAGUAUGCCAAACCCCACCACCACCACCUGUAAACGGGGGAAUGAGGGGAAGUUUUAAAUCAUUGUUCUGACAUCUUAUUGUAGACACAUUGUUCAGAGAAUACGGAUAUGGUCCUGACAGUUUUGAUCUCUUUACUACCUUUUACAUUUUGUCCCCGGACUCCCCAUUACUGCUGUGGCCAGUGGCUAUGGAGAGAAUAAAAACAUUUUCAAGAAAAUGUUGUUUCAAUUAUUGGCUUUUGGAGGAAAAAAAACACACUUUACCAGAAUUGAUGGGUUCCAGGGGUCUGCCUGGAACUCAGGAGGGUGGAGUUAUAGAAACGUAUUCCUGUAAUUAUUGUGUAUUCACAUGCGGCUUUGCUAGCAUGAUUUAAUGUUAGCAAAGCCAGAGUGGAUUUCCAUCCACUCUGUCUAUUCCGUUUUCCUUUUGGCGGCUCAGCUAGUGUUCAAGACUUGACAUGCAUGCAUCUCCCCUCAGACAGUGACAGUGCCAGCAAGAUGGACGUUUCCCAUGUAGCACUGCUGCUCCUGGUCCUGGUGUGCAUGGUCUCUCACUCCGCUCAUAUUAACUUCUGCUGUGGGAAAACGUACCCCGAGUCCCCAGUGUUGGUAUUGGGCCAGUCGUUCACCGCCACCUGCGUCUUGUCUGAGGACGGGAUGAGAGAGACAGGAGCCACCGCCAAGGACGUAUUCUGGGAGUUUAGGAACACGCGGGUGCCCGAGGAGCUCUACACCAGAAUCAAUGACUCCACCGUCAGCGUGACCGUCAACGUCACCAGGGAGCUGGAGAACCCUCUGAAGUGCAACGUCUUAGCCCGCUCUCCCUCAAACAUGGGCAUUAGGAAUGUGCACUGCUUGUUUUUCACUGUAGGGUAUCCCCCUGAAAAGCCAGACAAUUUGUCAUGCAUCGUGCUUCAGUCUGGCAAGGGUCUUUCCCCCAUCAUGACCUGCUUUUGGAAUCCUGGGGAGAGAGACCCCAUUCUCAACACCACAUACACACUGCUUGUCGAAACUAUUGUGAAUGGAGAGAAAUACAGAGCUGCAGCCAGGAGAGACCGGGGGUCUGUAGUCUUCAGGGUCUACCCUAUGUUCACGGUGCUGAAUAUAAGCGUGGAGGUGGAGAACCCGCUGGGGAAGGUCCGAUCGGAUGCGGUGAUCCUGGAUUCAGAAGACAUCGUGAAAACCGACCCCCCGAAGAAUGUGGAAGUGGUCUCUGAGGAGUGGUUUCCCACAUCUCUGCUUGUGCGUUGGGAACACCCCAUUGAAGAGGUCUACAUCACCCUCAAGUACAACAUCCGCUACUGCCCAACUGGGGCCCACAUGUGGUCGCAGGUCCCUCCUAGUGAUUUGGUAGGCGGCAUAAAGUCUUUUAGACUGCAGUACCUGGAGCCCUACACGGACUACGUGGUGCAGGUGCGGUGCAUGCAGGAGGAAGGCCACGGCUACUGGAGCGAGUGGAGCCGGAAUGUCAGCACGCGCACGUCGGAAGCCAAACCCUCCAGUGCACCUGACUUAUGCAGAAUCAUCACCUCGUCAAAAGGCAGCCCUGAGAGGUGUGUGAGGCUGAUCUGGAAGACGUACCCCGAGUCCCCAGUGUUGGAAGUGGGCCAGUCCUUCACCGCCACCUGCGUCUUGUCUGAGGACGGGAUGAGAGAGACAGGAGCCACCGCCAAGGACGUAUUCUGGGAGUUUAGGAACACGCGGGUGCCCGAGGAGCUCUACACCAGAAUCAAUGACUCCACCGUCAGCGUGACCGUCAACGUCACCAGGGAGCUGGAGAACCCUCUGAAGUGCAACGUCUUAGCCCGCUCUCCCUCAAACAUGGGCAUUAGGAAUGUGCACUGCUUGUUUUUCACUGUAGGGUAUCCCCCUGAAAAGCCAGACAAUUUGUCAUGCAUCGUGCUUCAGUCUGGCAAGGGUCUUUCCCCCAUCAUGACCUGCUUUUGGAAUCCUGGGGAGAGAGACCCCAUUCUCAACACCACAUACACACUGCUUGUCGAAACUAUUGUGAAUGGAGAGAAAUACAGAGCUGCAGCCAGGAGAGACAGGGGGUCUGUAGUCUUCAGGGUCUACCCUAUGUUCACGGUGCUGAAUAUAAGCGUGGAGGUGGAGAACCCGCUGGGGAAGGUCCGAUCGGAUGUGGUGAUCCUGGAUUCAGAAUACAUCGUGAAAACCGACCCCCCGAACAAUGUGGAAGUGGUCUCUGAGGAGGGGUUUCCCACAUCUCUGCUUGUGCGUUGGGAACACCCCAUUGAAGAUGUCUACAUCACCCUCAAGUACAACAUCCGCUACUGCCCAGCUGGGGCCCACAUGUGGUCGCAGGUCCCUCCUAGUGAUUCGGUAGGCGGCAUAAAGUCUUUUAGACUGCAGUACCUGGAGCCCUACACGGACUACGUGGUGCAGGUGCGGUGCAUGCACGAGGAAGGCCACGGCUACUGGAGCGAGUGGAGCCGGAAUGUCAGCACGCGCACGCCGGAAGCCACUCGGUCAGCAUGACGACAGAGUGGCACCUCCACUCCCACACCAUCCUCCAGAAGUCCUCCACCGUCUGGGCCAGGGGGCCCUGCGUGGCCAUGUAGUGAUCCUUCUGCCUGUGGCCCUGCUCAAGACCAGCACAGCAUCAUGAGCUCAGAGUUACACAGCAGCACAGUUACACAACUCAGAGCCACACCGCCUAUACCACGUUAUAACCUCGUAUGAGCUCUCCACACACAUCUUAUGUCAUCUCCACGCACUUCCUGCUCACACUUUCAGUUAAACUGCAGUUUUUACAGAGAAAUGUCACAGUUCUCCUCUCACUUUUAACAUUUCUAGUUUACAUGUCAGUAGGGGGCUUGAAAGACUAAAGUUCCUUGAAAAAGAAAUGCAAUGACUUUUCCAGAAUAAAAUGAGGGCCUAGUGUCCAGUGGGACGUUCCGAGCACAAACCAGGAAAUGAACUUCACCAAGCAGACCGGUGAACGCCUGGUACUGUACAUGCAGUGAAAGCCAGCAUGGCUUAUUAGGGCUGUGGAUGGGUGCUUACGUCUAUGAAGGAGGCGUUGAUGUAAUCUGUGAAUUCCUGGCCCCUUUUCAUAGACAGAGUUACUUUGUUGAAAUCAUCUAGGAACAAAAACAAGUUUUAGGAAACAGAAUCAGCUUUGUGCUCUAAUUAUCACAUAUAUAUGUGUGUGUAUAUAUAUAUAUAUAUAUAUAUAUAUAUAUACCAUCCCAUAUUUAGCAUUUACCAGAAAUUGUAUGCCUACACAAUUAUUGAUAUUAACUGACUGAGUUAGCCACUUGUUUCUUGGCAUCACUGUUGUGUGAAUGUUAAGACUACAUCCAUUUGAAAUGGCAAGAUGAAGAAGUCCAGGACAGGUCACAGAAAUGUAGAAACCAAGGGGUAGUAUUGCUUUGGAACCAUGCUUAUUGAGUUUCUUUCAAACACGGAAUAGUUUUUGCUUCAGCAUGCCAUUGACAAUAUAUUCCUUUAAUAUAAUUUUAGGAAGAAAUAUUUUUGCAUGUGCUGUAUGUGUUUAGAGAUGUAUUUAUGCUUGGCAUUAUUGUAUAUGCGUAUUAGCUUUCAUGUUGAAAACCAUUAAACAAAUUGAUGUUACAAAGUA